ACCAUGUUAGUAUUUUUAGACGAGUGGUAAGGUGAACAGCGCUCUUGCAAACUUUGUUUCAUCUUCGAAACUUUGAAAUUCGAGUCAAAAUCCAAACAAAAGUUUACAAGUUGACACUGCGGAAAACGAGUUCCGGUGGAAGACGGAGGUAUAAAACACGUGCAAAAGUGGAUUUUAUAACUUAUAUAAUCCGCGAGAAAGAUUUGGCCUGUAUCCAGUAUCUGAACAAAUUCUGGUGGAUCUUGCUACACCACCACAUAACAGGUCGACGGACAUAAAUUCAGAGAGAGGGCCUUCAAUUCUGUCAGUUGAAGUUGUAUUUUGACGUGUCCACUUCGUUCAAGAUCGGAAGCACAAUGGAUGAGCUUUAUCAAACAGUCAAAGAACAAGUCAGCCCUGUGGAAGCCAAGGUCGAAGGCGUUAUUCCCCUUUGGCUCAAUGGAUCCUUACUUCGAAAUGGGCCUGCUAUGUACGAAGUCGGACCAGAAGCCUACAAGCACUGGUUCGAUGGCCUGGGUAUGCUACAGAAUUUCAAGGUGGAAAAUGGAAAAGUCACCUACUGCAGCCGCUACUUAAGAAGCCAGGCGUUCGUCCGCGCGGAAGCGCGUAGAGGCAUCGCGUACGCAGAGUUUGGAACGCCACUGCCGCCCGACCCGUGCAAGAACAUCUUUGCGCGCUUCUUCUCUUACUUCGUGCCACCCGAGCGGACGGAUAACUGCUCCAUUAACGUUGUUACGAUGAACGGGCAGACUUUCGCCAGCAGUGAUUCUCCGUUCUUGAUCGGUUUUGACCCGAGUAGCUUACAAGCUUUGUCUGAGUACAACAUAAGGAAUGACUUUCCAGGGCCCGUGCGAAUGUUCUCCAUGACACCACAUCCCCACGAGGACGAAGAGGGAAACGUGUACAACGUGGCUGUGUCGCUCAAGAAAGGAACGCGUUACAACAUAACACAAGUUCCGCCGCGGCCAUCAACACCAGGAGACAGCCCUCCACACCCGCUUCAAGGGGUCAACGUCAUGUCUACGUUUGUCCCGAAAAAUCGUCUCUGUUACUACCACAGCUUCGCCAUGACGCCCAACUACUUCGUGUUCAUCGAGAACCCCUUCGUUGUGAAUGUCUGGGCGCUGCUCACCAUGAAGAUCAAGGGGCGUUCUUUCCACGAGUGCAUGAAGUGGGACAACAAACAGCCGUCGCGUUUUUACGUUAUCGAGCGCAAGACGGGAAAAGUGGUCGCCCAAUACAAAACAGAGAACUUCUUCUCUUUCCAUCACGUGAACGCCUACGAAACAGAAACCGACAUCAUCAUGGAUGUGUGCUGUUACCCUGAUGCGCGCAUCGUGUAUCAGUACUACCUCCAUCACCUGCGCACUAAGCCAGAGAACGAAGUGAGCAAGGGCUUCCCUGAUCCCGCCCUCCGUCGUUACCGACUGCCUAUUCCUACCACUCCAUUCUCCAAGUGCUCGCAGAGGUUACCCAGCUACUCGGACGGCCGCGACUACAAGGUGCUGUACUAUGGUGUGGAGCUGCCCCAGAUCAACUACAACUUCUCGAAUGGCAAGCCUUACCGGUACAUGUAUGGCGUGGGUCCACACAGGCGUGGAGACUUCCUGAACCAGCUAAUCAAGGUGGACGUUCUGGGGAAAGAGGCCAAGACUUGGCAUGAACCCCACUGCUACCCAUCCGAGCCUGUGUUUGUAGCAGCACCAGGUGCUGAAACCGAAGACGACGGAGUCAUCAUAUCCUCCGUGGUAGGUGUACGUGGAAAGCGGUCCUUCUUGCUCAUUCUUGAUGGGUCCACCUUCAAGGAAAUUGCGCGCGCGACAGUGCUAUGCCCCAUGGCGCACUCCUUGCAUGGUAUGUUCAGACCUAGGUCACCAGCUUCACUUGUACAGCUCCGAAGAGCCUGGGCCGAGAUUUGAUUCUUCGCGCACAGUAUUGUGGAGACAAAAAGACAAGCUCUGACUGACUUGGAGUGCUUACAUCAUCCUAUACAGGCGCCCAUAAACAAUGACAUUCAGCAGCAAGAAACGGUGUUAGCCCGCAAAUCAAAUAGAUAAAGGUUUGAUCAUAAAGACACUUAAAGAUAGCAGUGACUGGACAAGGUGCCAGAUAAUGAAAAGAACGUUUUAAAGGCUGCGUAUUUCUAAAAAUCCCUUAUAACUGUAAAUUUUCAUCCUAAUCGUGGAAUAAUAUCUAGAUCAAAAUGGAUCACGAUCAGGCAAGAAGCUUGAUGAAAUCCAUUUCGUUGUAUGGUUAUAAGGUUUUUCCAUUGCUAGAAAAGUGUAAAAAAGAAAAACGGCAGUUAAAUUUAAGAAAUUAGGCAACGCUAUUGAAAAUGUACCAAAAUUUACCAUUUCAUAUCUUCAUAAUAUUCCUUGCGCGUAUCAGAAAUGGUGUCGCAUAUUGAUAACUUUCAAGUGUAAGAUGAAUUUAUAGUUUAGAUUCGUUAUUCUUAUUCACUUUCUGCGAAACUCGUUAACUAAUAGGCACAGUUAGUCCAGAAUCAAGUGCCGUUCCUUGGUUAUUUCCGAGAAAAUAUCGAUUGAGCCCAGGUCGGCAUGUGUUGUAAGAGUAGUUUCUUAACAACGUGGCGUUCAAGCUCAGUGACUAGACAAUGUGCGUGGUAGCCGAGAAGCACACUUAUUGGUCGAUAAACGUCUUCAGUCAUCGCGGACUUACGAAUAUUCUUCGGUCAAAAACGACACUUGUUGACACUGGAUUGUGCUAUUUAAAAUGACAAAAUAAUCAAAGGAAAACAAAAGCAUACAAACCAAAGCGAAAGCAACACAUUAACCAGUAAUGUUACCUUUAUUUAAAACGGCCUAUAUGUAACUGCUGCCGUUGAAAUAUUUUAAGCAUUUUAAGUUAUAAAGUAACGUUUUUAGGCAAUCAGAGUUAUAAACUAUUUUCUUAGAAAUGUGAAGUAUAUUUGGGAAAUCAGUUGUUUUUAAAUAUUACACGUAAUAUAUAUUAAUCUUGAGGUUGUUUAAAUUUAGAAUAUGAUAUUUACUGACUCGUGGAAGUGAUUUUUUUGUUAACCUGAUAUUAACUGCGUGAAAUCUUUAGAUUUUAUUGUGAGCAUUUAUUGCCAAAGAUGCAUGUACUGUUCAAUAAACAUAUCUGUAUUUCUUCUC